CGGUUGCGCGUCGCCAGGGCAGCGGCGGCGGCGGCAGCGCCUGUGGCUCAGGAUGCGGCCGGGGGGCGCGCUGCUCGCCCUGCUCGCUAGCCUGCUGCUGCUGCUGCGCCUGAUCUGGAGCUCGACCGAUGAGCCCGCCCGCCCAAGGCUUUUGGUGGAGGUAAGCAGGGAGGCCACCCACGGCACCCCCGCCGCGCUGAGGACGCUCAGGAGCCCUGCGACCUCGCUACCGCGUGCCACGAACAGCACCUACCUGGAUGAGAACUCACUCCGACUGACAGAGAGAUGCUCCAAUCUGCAAGACGGUUUUCGGACAUUAUCGAAUAAGACCAAAAAGUAUUCAGAGGAUGACUACCUUCAGAUUAUCACAAAUAUACAGAGCUGUCCAUGGAAACGACAAGUAGAAGAGUAUGAGAAUUUUAGAGCAGAACUUACUUCCUGUUGUGAUGCUGUUCAAAAUCUCAUUGUUUCACAAAAUAACACUCCAGUUGGGACCAACAUGAGUUAUGAGGUGGAAAAUAAAAACGAAAUCCUAAUUAGAGAGAACAUUUUUAGUAUGUUUCCAGUGUCACAGCCUUUUGUGGGGUACCCUUACAAUCAGUGUGCCGUGGUUGGAAAUGGGGGAAUUCUGAAUAUGUCUCUCUGCGGAGCUGAAAUAGACAAAUCCGACUUCGUUUUUAGGUGUAACCUUCCCCCAACCACAGGAAACGUUAGUAAAGAUGUUGGCAGCAAAACCAAUCUUGUGACCGUAAAUCCCAGUAUCAUAAGACUAAAAUAUGGGAACUUAAAGGAAAAGAAAGCAAUAUUUCUGGAGGACGUUGCAACCUAUGGAGACGCAUUCCUUCUUCUGCCAGCAUUUUCCUUCAGGGCCAACACCGGUGCCUCUUUUAAAGUGUACAACACACUGAAAGAGUCUAAAGCAAGACAAAAGGUUAUAUAUUUCCAUCCCAAGUACUUGAGAAAUCUUGCCCUUUUCUGGAGAACUAAAGGUGUGACAGAGUAUCGCCUGUCUUCCGGCUUGAUGAUCACAAGUGUGGCAAUUGCAUUGUGCGAGAACGUGAAACUGUAUGGAUUUUGGCCCUUCUCUAAAACUGUACAGGACACACCUCUCAGCCAUCACUACUAUGACAACAAUUUACCUAAACGCGGUUUCCAUGAGAUGCCCAAAGAAUAUAGCCAAAUUCUCCAGCUUUAUGUGAAAGGAAUACUCAAAUUACAAUUUAACAAAUGCGAACGAGCCUAAGCAAAGUGUCUUAAGAUGGGAAUAGUUUUAAUGUAAUGCUAUAGGUGAGUAACUGUUUCUGAACGCAAGAAGGGGUGGCUGUAGGGUACAAUAGGAGAAGCCACGAAACUUGGUUUGGUUAAAGCUCCCCAUUAAAUGCGCAACCUCUGCUACUCACUCAAUCGUUCUGAUCUUCAGUUUCCUUUCCUGUAAAACGGGGCCCAGGAUGUCUAACUCAUAUGCGGAAAAUAUAAUAAGCUAUGAAAACUCUUAGCCAAGUAUUUGCAGGAGGCAGGGACUCAAGGAAUGUUUCUUUGUUGAUAUACAUAACAACAUUUUUACCCUCACCAGACUGAUAAUAAAAGGUAUGCUGUGUUGGAAACCCUUUCUGGAGAAGACAGCUGAAUCGCCAGUAUUCAUGGGAAUUCUUUCUCUGGCAGGCCUGUCUAUUAUCAAUAAUAUCCUUCUCAUCUUUCCUCCUGUCUGAAAGAGUACAUGUAAAAAAAUUAUGUAGGUAAACAAGAAACCCUUGGUUCCAGGAAUGAAAUCCUCUUUGUAUGGUGACAUGCCUGCUUCUGAUUACUUUCACUGUGUCAGUAGCUGCCAUGACUUAUGUUGGUUGGAUUUUAGGCCAGUUCUUUUCCUCCUUUAUCUAGCUUUUAAAAUCACUCUUUACAUUAGCUUCCUGCCUCGCUCUUAAGCCUUUUCCUCUCCCACUGACAAGAUCUACUUUGAGGAAGUGAAUGGUUACAAUACCCAGUUUUUUACCUGUUGUCUGUGGGCUCACUCAUUCAAUUUAUUUAUUUUUAAAAUUGUUGAAUGGCUCCUUCAUAUUGACCCUGUAACAGGCUCUGUGAGAGGGAUACAAAGAUGACUAAGUCCUGCAGAAGGAAACGGAUGUGUUAUCAACUGUGAUAUUGUAUGAUCAAUGUUAUUACAGCAGUUAGGAAUAAAGCACUAUGAGGAACGGAGGAAGGAAUAAUUAAAUCUAUUUUGAUGGAAUCUAUUUCAGAGGCGAUUUCUGAAUUAAACCUAGAAGAUGAGUAAGGUUUUACCAAAUGAAGAAGAUUUUAGGUCGAGGGAAUGUGUUAGCGGAAAAAGCUGUCCCCUAGAUACUGAUUCAUCAAAGUGAGGGUAUUUGAAGGUAGAUGAUGGCCUUUGCCCCAAGAACUGCCACCUGCGGGGAUAUGGCAUGUGGGCGUGCUGGCUUGGUCCCACACGUGUGAAAUAGAAUCAUACCAACCCGACAGAUUUCAUAGGAAAGAUGUAAGGAUUAAAACACAUGAAACUUUAGUUCUCAUAAGAAGUAUGUGUUCACAUGAGAAAUAAGGCUAAUAAAUUAAACAUCAAUCUAAAAUGAAGCUCGAGUCAAUAUUGAAUAUUAGCAUUUUCACUCCACUCCUUUCCAUUACGAUGAUACCUGUUAAUAUAGGUCAUCCCUGCAUCUCCUGAAUAAGUUAUUUGACUUCAAUAAGUGAUUAUGUGCAUACUUUCCUGCUUGUCUUUGUACCGUUGCAAGGAGAGCGGAAAUAAGAGUAGAACAGACUGGGCAGAUUAUUAAUUCUUACCUUAGCCAGAUUAUUGUUUUACUAAAUGUUCCCUUGUAAGAACACUCAGCUCUAAAUUGUUUAUUUCGAUGAAGUACAUCUUUAAUUUGAUUGUAGUUGAUAUGUGUGAUAUCAUUCUUAGUUCCCAUUUUCAUUUGUUCUUCUAUGGCAAAUGGAAUCUAUUAGCUCCAUAAAUU